AUGUGGACAGAGUUUGAACCGUACGUCUAUCGCAAAUCAAAUAAUAAAAUUGGUGGAAUUAUUCCAGAUCUUUGGGGAUCAAUUAUACAGCUGAAUCGCGCAAAUCUUAAACGUUGCGAAAUCCUAUCACGAAUUCUUAAAGAAUGUUGUAGCCAAUGUUGGAAGUUUAAUUUCACGCAAAAUGUAUCUCGCGUCGAUAUUAGCACGAGCAAUAUUUCGUAUGAUGUUGAUCUUGUGCUGCCGUACAAUGCAGACAUUGACGAUACUCAACACGAGACAACAAACUUACACUUCGUGAGUCUUCUAAAAAAGCCGUCUGUUGUUUACGUUACGAAGAGAGAGAGUAAUCGACCUAUACCAAGAAAGAUGAUUGGUGCUGUUUGGAACGCUUGGCCUGUUUUAAUCUUUGCUUUGCUUUUGUCGAUAAUUUCUGGUGUCAUCAUUUGGAUUUUGGAAUUAUGGGUCAACCCAGACGAAUUUCCACGUUCGUUCGUUCAAGGAUCCUGGGAAGGAUUUUGGUGGGCUUUUGUUUCUAUGACGACCGUAGGCUAUGGUGAUCGUGCUCCAAGAACGCUGUUAGGAAGAGGAUUUGCUGUGUUCUGGAUCAUGCUUGGUAUUUGCAUAUGUUCUAUAUUUACUGCUACCUUGACGACAUCAUUAACGGCUAUCUCAUUGGAGGAGAAAAAGACGCUUUCACGAGCAAAGGUCGGUGCUUUGCGAAACUCGUACGAAGCUCAUACAGGAGUCAAAAAACAAGCAAAAGUUAUAAGUUACAACUCGACCGAUGAACUAAUUGUUUCCUUAAGGAACGAUGUUGUUGAAGGCAUUCUGUUUGACUCGUAUUUCUCAGCAACCGACGCAGUUACUGAUAUUAUGAAAAUGGACAAGUUCAAAAUAUCAGAAACGGUAGUUGUGGAUGACAGAGCGUGGGGUAUUUUGGUGAAAAAUGAUAACCUUAGUUUUUGUCUAAGGAAAAACAUUCUUGUGUGGGCGAGUUCUGAGUUUGUUACGGACAUAAUUGCAGAUGAAGUGAAAGUUAAGUCUGAUAAACAAGACGCGACUGAUCGCUCGGAUAGCGUUUUUGACCCUACUGGUGAUAUAUUUUGGCCAUCUCUGUACGUAUGCAUUGGUUUUCUAGUGGUGAUUCUCUUUGGCGGCGUUGUAUGGGAAUUUUUUAUAAAGAAAAGAAUUUUCGAAAGCAACAAAACAAGUGCUUUCGUAGACUCAAGCCUUGAUGCAAGCAAUUUGGAUAACAUGGAACAAGAAAUAAUGAAGAAAAUUCAGUCUUUGUUUUCCGAGUGGCGAGCACAGAGACAGCUCGAAAUUGGAACUGCAAGUCCAAUGGACAAUGAAGAUGUACAAUUGAGUGUUAUGCCGUCAGGAAAGAAACAGUAAAUAUUUCAAUUUCACAUAUGUCUAUCUAAGUCAUAAAAAAACAAAAAAGUUUAUGACAUGAAACUUUAAAUUGACAGUUGACUUUCUUAAAUAAUAGAUAUAUCGUACCAGUGACGUCACUUAGAGUUAUGACAACUUUAAUUAUAAGGUUUGUUCCCUGA